AUGUUAUUACAAGGAUUUUGCUUUGGAGGAUUGGUACUAGAUCAGGGCUCUCAGAGUUAAAUACUGUAACUUGGUUACCUUUCUUCAACUACUAUAUCAAUGGGAUUCGGACUACUUUGCUUAAUGUUUGGACAAGGAAGAGCUCUAAGAGGUGAAGGUACUGACUCAAUUGAUAUCGCUAUUGAAAAUCUUAAAGAAAAGUCUUAUUAAUGCUUCAAAUACUUUAUGCUCGAGCUUCUAUUCUUUCAUAUCUCAUCAUUUUUACUUAUGUGGAUAUACUACAGGUUUCUUGUUGCGCUUAUUAUAAACAUCAUUCUUGGUCUAUUCUUAAUGCUUUUUGUAAGGAAUGGCUACGAUAUAGUUAAAGAAUUAUAUGUGGAAGAGGGGGAUGCAAAGAGUUCUGAAUUGCUACUGAAAAGAUUGAAUUAGAAUUAUGCUGAUUUAGGUCAAUUUCCAAUUCACGCUUAUUGUUUGAUUGAACCACGUAGUCCAACUCAUAAUGCUAGAGGCUACGUAAAAUUAACAUAAUCAUCAGUUCUUGGAGUUCAAUUAACAGGAUAAAUAUCUGGAUUGACACCAAAUGGCCAACAUGGAUUCCAUAUUCACGAAUAUGGAGACUUAUCUAAUGGUUGCACCUCACUUGGAGGCCAUUAUAACCCUUUCGCCCAUGAUCAUGGUGCACCAGAACAAACUCAUAAUCAUGUUGGAGAUCUUGGAAACAUCUAAGCUGAUUCCCAAGGAGUAUCAAACUUUGACUUUAUGGAUAAAAAAAUUCAUUUAGUCGGACCUUUCUCUAUUAUAGGAAGAUCUUGCUAAGUUCAUCUUUUAGCUGAUGAUAUGGGCCUUGGUGGAACAGCUGAUUCUCUCAAAACAGGAAGUGCUGGAGCCAGAGUAGGCUGUGGAGUUAUCGGAAGAAGUCCACCUCCACCAGCUGCAAAUUUAUGA